AUGUCUGGCUAUAGAGAAGCUCGCGACUUGCACGCCUCGGCUACGGUUUUGCCCACUACAUCCCGUCCAUCUCUGGGUACUCCUAAUCCUGCAUUCAGCUCCAACCGCCAUGCUGGACCUCCGCAAACGGAGACACAGGUCAAGGUGGAGGAACAAACUCCGGGCGAGCCAGAUGAUUUUAUUAGUGCUCUAUCACAUCCCCAGUUCGCAAAUCAGGUGGGACUGGCGAAUGUGGUAGUCAGUGAUCAAAACCAGGAGGUUGACGAUUAUCUGAAGGCGCUGUCACACCCUGAGUCCGCGGAUCAAGCGGGCAGAGCGAACGGUGAUAGAACUCAGUUUACUAGAGCCAUUGCUUCUCGUACAGAACUCGUUACUCUUAGAAAGCUGAAUGUCGAUUCAACCAGCGAGUCAAAGAUACUAUACUAUUUUGGUGUGUUAGCUACGGCUGAGCUCCUCCUCCCCAGAUUUCACUUCACGAAAGGUCGAAAGGAUAGAUACUGGGGCGUGAAGAUGACGAUGUAUGGAAUGACAUUUGUUCGUUCUCAUGUCUACGAGUCUCGGAGGUCUGCAAAGGUCUCCAUAUGCAGGGAGGCUCUAAAGAAGCUGAAAGUUGAGUUUCCAAACUGGGUCGUUCCCGAACGACCUAGGGAUUUGCUUGCACCGUCUGGCUGGGACUGGGUGGAAAUUCUGCAAGGGUACCGCCACGAGGUUGAGGUAGAUGGCGGUGCGUACUUUGGACCUCUCAGGUACUACGCGGCGGAGCUACAGUCGAAACAAGGCGCAGCGCACGUGGCUCUCUACGAAGUCCUCGUGAGGCAAGAUUACAAAAGAGUCGAGACCGAGGGAGCUCCGAGCUUGAAAAGGCCCAACGAGCCUCUAUUGGCAGUUGUUCCUCGGGACACCUAUCGUAAGUCUGCACAUGGAAUGGUGUCUGAAGUCCUCGCGGAUCUGAAGAGGCCUCGCGAUACGCUGUCGGAUGUGUCCACUCAAGACUCUCUUCAUACAUCUAGCGGCUCGCGUGCUCCAGCUAGAAGGAGGCUGGAUAACUACACAGACUCAAGAAAAACGAGAAGACGCGGCGGCAGAAACCGGUCGCCAGCAACUACAUCGCAACAAAAGCCAGUCUCGGGAAACGCUAAUCUGCAGCCAUUGAAGAACUGCAGGUUAGCGGCGGUGGAGGCUACGGUGGUCAAAGAAGAGCGGCGCUGGAAGCUCACGCCUUCUGAGAUAUCCCGCGAACUUCAUGGCAUGGAGACUUGGGAUGUUAAACUAGAAAAUUGUAUGACUCUUCCCUCUAUGGGAAGAGUCGUGAGCUCGAUGCUUGAAGAAAUCUGCAGUCUGCUCACUUUGGAGCGCCCUGAAAUGCGCAUUGAGAGGACAGACGGCCGGCUAAUUGAAACCGAUGGUCAAUACACUGCGGCCGCUUACUUCAACUCUGAUCCGUUCCUGGCUAGGGCUGGGGCCAUUGGGAAGAUCCAAACUUUCAGCGGCAACAGAGCUGCAGCUUCGUGCGCCUGCGCUCAGCGUGUUUGCGAGUAUUUGAUUGAUCUUGUGAAGGAGGACAUGAUGCUGGAGGAUAAUGCAGCCAAGGAGCGCGAAGCAAUCAGUCGAUGGGGAGAAACUGCUGGAAAGUGA